AUGAGCCUCAAGGACCUUGCGCCGUCCUGCAUUGCGGAGUGUCCCGGCAUAUGCCCACAUUUGCAGACACUCGUAAUGCAAGCCCUGAUGAACAUCGAUCCUACACCUUACGUUUGCGCCAACAGCGCGACCUUCAUUUGCAUGGACACGCCGGCUUGCGAUAGCCUCUUGAACACAGCAGAGAGCUACGACCUCUUCCACGUGCCCAGAAGUGAGGAGGAACUCGAGAACACGUGCAACCCUCCGGACACAUCCACGAGUACUGCGGCCAGCACUCAAGAAAGCACUGCGGAACAGGCAGAUGUGAUUCCGGCUGCGCGUAGCAUCCCAGAUCUGGGGCCGACCCCUUCCACGAGCUUGAGGGCGCAGUCUGCCCUGACCUCCCCCGCGCCCACGGGCAGCACGUCUCAGACGUUGCAGGCCGGGAGCGGGGAAUCUCCGGCAGAUGGCUUGCUUGGUGGCCUUCCAGCAGGAAACCAGACAGAUCAGAGUAUCUUGGCUCCUGAAGCCUACAGCGCAUGCUUGGCUUUAGUUGAGGUUUGCAGAAACUGGGACUGA